AUGAAUUUCGAUUCCGGAACGGCAUACGCCGAGUCGGACGCCGACGACGAGUAUGAGCGCGACCCUCACGGCAGUUCCCCCACGGCCACCGAUGUCGAGACCUCUCCUAUUGACUCUGAGCCUCCAUCGGCCGAGCAUACCCCCACCACCUACGGCUACCAUACGAGAAGCCGGCUGCCAGAGACCUUGAUAUCAGAGUGGACUGCAGAAGAAUGCGCAGACUUCAUUGCCACCAUCGGUGUCCAAAAAUAUGCCGACCGAUUUAUUGAAAACGACAUCGUUGGCGAGGCGCUCGUUGCCCUACAUCACGAUGACCUCAAGGCCAUGGGGAUCACCAGUGCUGGACAUCGGCUGGCCAUUCUCAAGUCUGUUUACGAUGUCAAAAAGGCCCAGGAUGUUCCCAUUGAGCCUGAUCAUUACCAUCCACCCACUGCCGAGGUGGCAACUCAAUCGAACACCGCGACAAUCAAGGACAUAAAACAGCUUGUUGAGCAACUACGCCUACGAGACGAGCGCAUGGCAUUGUUUGAGCAAGAUCUGCGGAAGUUGACUGAAGAUUUCAAGAGGCUACGAGAAGACAUGUUACCCGCGUUACGGCUGGUCAAAGACGCCCAGCAACCCCUCCCUGCCCCUAACGGCUACGAAAACACACUAUCACCUCCUGGAGGCGGUCAGGGUGUGGGCAUCAAACGUCAGUAUUCAACUAAGAAGAUCAUGCUAGGAGCAACUCCGAAGGCGUCGUCACCCACACAUCUCCAAACAACACACGACCGCUCGAUGGUCGAACAGACCCUCGAUCCACAGAGCGCCGCCGACAGAGCCGUCAUGUCGUCGUCUCACCUUGCCGCUAUGAACGGAUCCACCGGCAGCGCAACAUCACCAUCGUAUCCCUCACCGAACAUGCCAUCUCCUACUUCACCGCCUACUACACUUUCCGGUACCACACUUGCCUCACGCUCUUACCGCUCCGACCAACCCACACCUCCUCCUGCUCGCUCCAACUAUGCUGAUGACCACUAUAAAACCCCACAGACGACAACGACGGCAACCACAACGCGCAGAAACCCCGAUACGCCCGGCGGUGGCAAUCAGUCAGUCGAGAUCUUCAAAUCCUUCCGGGUCAGCAUGGAUGACCCCUGCUAUAAAGUCUUGCCGGCCGCGCUCAAGAAAUACCAGAUCAACGCGCCAUGGGACCAGUACGCGUUGUACAUCGUCUAUGGCGAUCAGGAGCGCUGCCUGGGCCUGGACGAGAAGCCGCUCAUACUAUUCAAGCAACUGGAUAAGGAGGGCAAGAAGCCCAUGUUCAUGCUGCGGAAGACAACGCAGGCCCAGCAGCAGGCUGCGACGGCGGCAGCGUCACAGGCGGCACAGGAGGCGGUUGCCGCGGCGAACGCGACGGCGGCUAGCUCCGGAGGGGGGUAUGACCCACCGGGUGGCAUUAUCUAA